AUGAGAUAUUUUUCGGAUGAUUCCACUUAUCCCUUAUCUGAUCCAAUGCUUGAUCAAUUUUGUUUACGAAUUUUACCUGAAAUUCAUCAUAGAAUCAAAUGGCUUAAUCUUGAAUCCUCAUGUAUGAAACAGAUUCUUCUUGCAACGAAUUAUCCAAAUUUAUGUGGACUUGGUUUAUAUAAUAUUGACAGCGAAAAAGCUUUAUCUCUAUUUAUUGAUGCUUAUGAUAAAUUAAUUGUACCACUUCUACAACAAAUGUCGACUUUAGAGAAACUUCAUUUGAAUGUUUAUGUUUAUGUGGAAAAAAUAUUUAUUGAUGGAAAUAAUUUGAAGAAAAAUAUUAUUGAUCAUAUGGCACGAUUAAAAAAUUUUACAUUUAAUAUUGAUUCAUUCCUUCAUCUUCGUAAUCAAAUUGAUCUAACAUCAACUGAAGAUAUUAAACAUACAUUUCGUGAUUUUAAAAAUAAUCACAUUAUUUCUUAUAUUGAUUAUUUCCAUAAUGACCAUUCUAGUCGGUGUUUUAUUUAUACAUAUCCAUACAAAUGGAAAUCUUACGGUUAUAUAACAAAUAAUUUUCCAGGUGUAUUAUGCAAAUUUGUUCGUGAAAUAACGUUAUACGAUGAACAUCCAUUUGAAUAUGAAUUUUUUCUUCGAAUUUCUCAAUCAUUUCCAUUUUUGAAAGAAUUGUCUGUAAUGAAUUCCAAACCACAAAAAAACAAAUUAUGCAGAGAAUCAAACAAAGAUAACCAAGAUUUAUCUAUUAUCAAAUUUCAUUAUCUUACUAGCGUAACACUUUAUUCCGCUCAUGAUGAUUAUAUUGAACAAUUUCUAGAUGAUAGUAAAACAUUUUUAUCAAAUAAUGUUCAUCUUAACGUCUAUUUUGAAUCAUUGAAAAGAGUAACAUACCAUUUUACAAGAAAUACAACACGAACCAAUUGUGCAAAACUGAAAUCUUUAUUCUUAAACGGUUAUGGACUUCCGAAAUAUGCCAGAGACUAUUUUUCUCAUACAAAAGUAUUGUAA